AUGUCACGCAAGAUUCCGCCCCUUCUUGAGCCAUAUCUCGGGCUACCCGAGGAGGCAUCCCUGAUAGUCCUGACAAACAUCAUGGGAGCGACGUCAAACUGGCUCGUCCUACGGUACCUUUACUCCAUACUUCAGGGACGAGGCAUUGGCGGAGACGAGGCAGGGACAGACUCCGGAGUCGUGCUUGUGAGCUUCAUGAGAGAUUUGACUUUCUGGAGAGAGGGCGCGAGCAGAUUAGGAUUGGACUUGGACGGCCUCAGUAGAGCCGGCAAGUUCAGCUUUGUGGACGGGCUGACAGGCCUGCUCUCAGGAGGCCAAGGGUCAGAAGCUACUGCGGACAAAGGGCGGAUAUUAAAGAGCGGCAAGCUGGAAGGCGUGAGGAGAGGCAUCGAAGCAGCCAUUGGAGAUGUGAGAUCAAGUUCCAAGAUCCUGAUCGUGGAUCAACUAGACGAGCUGUUGGCGAUAUCUGGAGAAGACGACGUGACAGCUCUGGCGCUGGAGGGAAUGCUCUUAUCCCUUAGAGAGCGAGUCCACGCGACCAUUCUCGCCUUGUCCGCCGACGAUGCUCUUCUGCGCGCUCAGACCACGUCCUUGGAGCGCUCUCAUGCGGCGCUGGUGCUCGCGCAGGCACAUGCCGCCGACCUAGUCCUUAGUCUUAGGAUGCUGGACACGGGCGUGGCCAAGGAUGUCAGCGGUGUGGUGAGGAUCGCGGUGCGGAAAGAGGAGAGAGGUGAGGAUGCAGAGUAUUUGUACCACGUUGGGGCGGACGGGAAUGUCAAGGUGUUUGAGAGGGGGACUUAA